AGCAACUCCAACCUCGAAAGCUUUGCCCUCCUUUUCAUUAACCUCGCACACAUAAGAAACUGCAACCCUUUACUGUCCAAUUCGUCAAAAUGAGAUUCUCCGCCUCCGCCUCCUUGCUUGUUCUCCUUGGCACAGCCAACGGGCUUCCAACCGAGCUUGAAGCUCGGGUCCCUUCAAAUGCGCCUAUCGACCUUUUCAACCGUCCCAGUUCUUCCGACUCAUUAAAGUGCGGAGACAAGACCUACACGGGGCACGAAAUCUAUCUUGCCGCGCAACGAGGCACCAAUCUCCACCUCGUGGGUGAAACACGUGGCCGAAACCAAUACCCACAUCCGUUCCCCAACGACGACUCCAAGGGGAAUACGCUCAAGUUUCCCAAGGAGUGUCCCGCCGAUGACAACCGCUACGAGUUCCCACUUAUGAAUGGAAGCCCGUACGAUGGUGGCAAGAACAAUGUGAAGCAGGGUGAUGAAAGGGUUGUCUAUUAUUACGAAGAUGGGGAAGUCAGCCCAGACGGAAACCCUCAAGUUUAUUAUUGCGGCAUCAUGACACACAAGGGAGCUCCUAGUGGUGGUUUUGUGAUGUGCUAGGAUGAGAGUUUAUCGCGGUCAUAGAGGACGGUUCGGUACACCGAUGCCGGAUGCGGGCAGUUUUGGAAUACUUGGAAUACGCAACUUGAGCUUUCUCCUCAUAGUGCCCUCGACCGACUACUCCUUUGACAGGGAUAGCGCUACCAAGUGAACACGGGGUAACUUUUCAGAUUAUCAUAAGAUGCGUAUCUCGUUCGAGAAUAUCAAGCUCCCAGAUUGUUGCGUGACAUUGAUAUUGACAUAAGUGAGCCAUUCGUG